CGCACAAUGAAGCCGCCCCCGAUAUUAUCGAUCUUUGCCGACCUUUGUCCUUUAGCUCACGGUCAGCAAAAUAGAUCUAGGUCGAAAGCAUAUUUUAUGCAAAUUCCUCGGUCACUGAACUGUUGCGCUAGUUACUGAGGUUUUGCCGGUGAAAAAUGACCCAGAAAACAUUUGGAACCCAGAUAAGUUGGUGGCGAGGGGAGACUCCAUGGUACACCGCGGGUACUAUGUUUGGUUUGAAAUGGGGUGGGAAAUCAGUGAGCAUGUGAGGUGAGAUAAGGAAAGGCUGCCCGUCAUCCGCCCUGUGUAUGAAUCAUGUUUUUCUUGCCAUCACGCCCAAGCCCAAGUGAAGCUAAAAAAGAAUAUGGUAGGCUGCCAAGCCCCAUCCAGGUGUAUGCAGUGCACUGGCAAGUCAGAACCUCAUGGCUACCUUGGAGGAGGGCACAGCAGUUGAGACAAAGAAAGAGCUUGGCUCAGAGAUCGAUGCUGCCGCUGCGGCCGUCAUCGAUGGCGCGGAAAUGAUCCAUGUGAUGACCUCAGGAAGUUCAGGGUCUGUCACUUUGCCGAUCACCCUAACCCAAGGCGGACUUGUGUCCCUUACAUCGCCUGGUCAGUCUGUUGUCCAAGUACCAGCCGGCUCUCUCGCACAGGUCGACUGGGCUUCUAAAUUGAAGGAGCUCCAGCACGCUCAGAGGUUGGAGAGACUACGGGAGGAGCAGCGCCAAGUUCAGGACAGAGUCACCCAGAAAAUGCAGUUUGAACAAAAAUAUGAACCCUGUGUGGUUUGUGGUGACAGGGCAUCAGGGCGUCACUAUGGGGCCAUCAGUUGUGAAGGCUGUAAAGGUUUUUUCAAGCGUUCCAUUCGAAAGCAGCUGGGCUAUGCAUGCCGCGGCUCACGGGACUGCCCUGUCACAAAGUUGCAUCGCAAUCGCUGCCAAUAUUGUCGCCUACAAAAGUGUCUGGCUGUCGGUAUGAGAUCUGAAUCUGUCCAGCAGGAGAGGCGUCCAUCGGACCAACGAGACAAAGUGCCUGUCACUGUGGCCACAUCCACUCAGAGGAUAUAUAUCCGAAAAGACUUCAACAGCCCCUCAGCUGCAAUACCCACCUUCAGCCCUAAGGUGCAGAGCCUGGAGGACCCCAAGUACGGGAGUCUGCUGGCCAACCUGCAGGAGCGUGUGGUGCAGACAGACCAGGGCAUGGUGGUGCUCAGCUCCCAGAUGCCGUCGCCCAGCUCAACGGUCAACACGGAUCUCACAACUUUAGCCAAUGUUGUCAGCACUGUGAGCAAUACUGAAGAUCUGAGCACUCUGGCGGAUGUAGUGUGCACAGUUAACAACACAGAAGAUUUGUCAACAUUGGCCAGCGUGGUGACCACAUUAGCCACCAUGGGCAAAGAAGAGGUGAACCUGGAAGAGCUGUCCGCUGGCCAGACAGCCUCGCCCCUCCAGAAUAAUGGAGAUGCAAACCGCAACACGCCUGACGCUGCGGCCAGAGCUUUUGACAAUCUGGCUAAAGCUGUGCAGAGUCCUCAGAGCCAGCAAAACUCGACAGUCUUAGAUCAAAGUGGUCUGUCAGAAGCAAGCUUUGACCAGUCUGCAAAUAGCGAUGGCGAAAACUCUUUGUUAGUUGAAACUCAAGGUCCAAUACUUACGGAGGCAAACUUUGCCUUCACCCUGACCACCCCGUCCCCCAUGCCGACAUAUCUGAACAUUCACUACAUCUGUGAGAGUGCCUCUCGACUACUCUUCCUGUCCAUGCACUGGACUAGAUCUGUCUCUGCUUUCCAAGACCUUGGACCGGACCUCCAGACAACGCUAGUGCGGUCAUGUUGGAGUGAGCUGUUUACGCUUGGCCUGGCUCAGUGCUCCGCUACCAUGUGUCUGCCCACCAUGUUGGCCGCUAUCUUGAAUCAUCUACAGGCCAGUCUGCAGCGAGGAGACCACAGUAAUCAGGAGAAGGUGAAGAGCGUGAUUGAGCACAUCAUCCGGCUCCAGGAUUACGUCACUCACAUACAGAGUCUCAACAUCACCUCAGCAGAGUUUGCCUAUCUCAAGACUUUGGUGCUAUUUGCUCCUGACAACCCCAACAUCCGGGACAAGCGUGUGAUCAGCAGACUACAGGAACGUUCUCGCCGCGAGCUGCUACAGGCUUGUUCAUCGCCAGGGAGCUCUGAGCGUGUCUCUCAGCUGCUGCUCCGCCUCAUACCUCUAAAAACUUUUGUACCAGCCGUCAUGGAAGAGCUCUUCUUUUCUGCGCUGACGGGAUCGGUUCAGAUUGACAACAUCAUCCCGUACAUCCUACGGAUGGAGACGGCUGAGUACAACCUGCAGAUGACAGGUCAGACUGGAGCUGCGGCCGUGGCGGGGAUCUCGGGGGGGGUUGGGGUGCCAGCGCUGCACGACCCCAGUGCCCCCAACCAGCCGCCCAGCGUGCCUGUGAUCCUCGAGUCGAGCCAGCAGGUGGCGCUUGCCGCUUCGGCGACAGAGGCGGCCACCAUCAGUGUAGGGGAUGGGAUUGCCAAUGGCAGCAGCAACGGCAACAUUGUGACCGCCACCAGCAAUGGUGGGGAGGUCCGGCUGGUCAGCAGUGGCACAGGCAGCACCAGUGGCCAGGGGGUUGCCCUGGGCAACAACAACAUGGCAGGGGCCAGUAUACACCGUGCUUCUCUGCUCUCCGAUGCGGGACAGGUCUUGACUCUUUACACAGACGGCACGGCUGCGACUCAGAACUCACAGGCUGCCUCCACGUGAGGAUUGGAGAUCGUGAAGACACAU